CAUUACCAACACUCUCUCUCUCUCGCAUUGCCUUUGUUUUUUCUGUUUGAUUCUUCGUUCCAAACACUACCCAUGGCCGGCGGAGGUUUCACCAAUGGCGGCGGAGGCGGCGAAUUCGAGGCCAAAAUUACUCCGAUCGUCAUCAUUUCAUGCAUCAUGGCUGCCACCGGAGGUCUCAUGUUCGGCUACGACGUCGGCGUUUCAGGUGGUGUGACGUCUAUGCCACCGUUCUUGAAGAAGUUUUUUCCAUCGGUAUACAGAAAGACAGUGUUAGAGAAAGGACUAGACAGUAAUUACUGCAAAUACGACAACCAAGGAUUGCAGCUUUUCACGUCGUCACUGUACCUUGCUGGUUUGACUUCAACCUUUUUCGCCUCCUACACGACGCGUAGGUUAGGGAGAAGACUUACCAUGUUAAUUGCUGGCUUUUUCUUCAUCGGUGGUGUUGUGUUUAAUGCUGCUGCUCAAGACCUUGCCAUGCUCAUCGUUGGGAGGCUCUUACUUGGUUGUGGAGUUGGCUUUGCUAAUCAGGCCGUACCAGUGUUCCUUUCUGAGAUCGCACCUUCAAGAAUUCGUGGAGCAUUGAAUAUACUGUUCCAGCUCAAUGUCACAAUUGGCAUUCUAUUUGCUAACCUUGUUAACUACGGCACCAACAAAAUCAAAGGAGGGUGGGGUUGGAGGCUAUCUCUGGGGUUGGCGGGUAUCCCAGCAGUUCUACUCACCUUGGGAGCCUUGUUUGUGGUUGACACCCCCAACAGUCUCAUCGAACGUGGACGCUUAGAAGAAGGAAAAGCGGUCCUCAAAAAAAUUCGUGGCACUGACAACGUUGAACCUGAGUUUUUGGAACUCGUCGAGGCAAGUCGUGUGGCCCAAGAGGUCAAACACCCCUUCAGGAAUCUUAUCAAGCGCAGAAACAGACCACAAAUUGUCAUUUCCAUUGCCCUCCAGAUAUUCCAACAAUUCACAGGCAUCAACGCUAUCAUGUUCUACGCCCCAGUGUUGUUCAACACGUUAGGCUUCAAGAACGAUGCAUCCCUCUAUUCUGCUGUGAUUACAGGGGCAGUCAAUGUUCUCUCCACUAUUGUCUCCAUCUACUCAGUGGACAAAGUGGGGCGUCGCAUGCUCUUGCUCGAAGCUGGCGUGCAGAUGUUCUUGUCUCAAGUGGUGAUAGCAAUCCUCUUGGGAAUAAAGGUGACGGACCACUCUAAUGAUCUCUCCAAGGGUUUUGCAAUUCUGGUGGUUGUUAUGGUGUGCAUUUUCGUGUCCGCGUUUGCAUGGUCAUGGGGUCCUCUAGGGUGGCUUAUUCCAAGUGAGACUUUUCCAUUGGAGACUCGUUCUGCUGGCCAGAGUGUCACCGUUUGUGUCAACUUGCUCUUUACAUUCGUCAUUGCACAGGCAUUCCUCUCCAUGCUGUGCCACUUCAAGUUUGGCAUCUUCUUGUUCUUCUCUGGCUGGGUCCUCAUCAUGUCUAUCUUCGUGGUUUUCCUCAUGCCCGAGACUAAGAAUAUCCCCAUUGAAGAAAUGACGGAGAGGGUGUGGAAGCAGCAUUGGUUCUGGAAGAGGUUUAUCGAUGAUGAGUAUGCUUAUGAUGAGAAAGUGGCCAAUGUUUCUAAUGGCUAUGAUCCAGCCUCCAGGUUGUAAGAUGAGUAUUUUAUUAGGGUUUAGAGUGAGUACGUGCUAAGUAAGAACGUGGGUUAGUUGCAGCUAAUUAAGCAAGUUCUUUUUAUUCCUAGGCCUGCAACAUUGUUAUGAGUUGAUCAAACAUUUAUUAUCCUGAUUUGCAAGCCAUAUAAGAUAGAUAAUUUUUUUUUCCCUUCGCUCGCUUUUCUUCUUGGAAAAAACUUGUUCCAUAAUCCAUACACUAAUUAUUUUUCUUUAUGUAUAAGAUUUUGAGUUUGA